UGGGCCAGCCUGUGCUUCAUCUCGACUGCCUUCACUGUCCUCACCUUCCUCAUUGACUCCUCCAGGUUCUCCUACCCUGAGCGCCCCAUCAUAUUUCUCAGUAUGUGCUAUAAUAUUUAUAGCAUUGUUCAUAUUGUGAGGCUGACUGUAGGCCGGGAAAGGAUAUCCUGUGAUUUUGAAGAGGCAGCAGAACCCGUUCUCAUCCAAGAAGGACUUAAGAACACAGGAUGUGCAAUCAUUUUCUUGCUGAUGUACUUUUUUGGAAUGGCUAGCUCCAUCUGGUGGGUCAUUCUGACCCUCACUUGGUUCUUGGCGGCCGGACUCAAGUGGGGCCAUGAAGCCAUUGAAAUGCACAGCUCUUAUUUCCACAUUGCAGCCUGGGCCAUCCCAGCAGUGAAAACCAUCGUCAUCUUGAUCAUGAGACUGGUGGAUGCUGACGAACUGACUGGCCUGUGCUAUGUGGGGAACCAAAAUCUUGAUGCCCUCACUGGCUUCGUUGUGGCUCCCCUCUUCACUUACUUGGUGAUUGGAACUCUCUUCAUCGCUGCAGGCUUAGUGGCCUUGUUCAAAAUUCGGUCAAAUCUUCAAAAGGAUGGGACAAAGACAGACAAGUUGGAGAGGCUGAUGGUGAAAAUUGGUGUCUUCUCAGUACUGUACACGGUCCCUGCAACCUGUGUGAUUGCCUGUUAUUUCUAUGAGAUCUCCAACUGGGCCCUCUUCUGGUAUUCUGCAGAUGAUUCCAAUAUGGCAGUUGAAAUGUUAAAAAUUUUUAUGUCUUUGCUGGUGGGCAUCACUUCAGGCAUGUGGAUUUGGUCUGCCAAAACUUUUCACACAUGGCAGAAGUGUUCCAACAGAUUGGUGAACUCUGGGAAGGUAAAGAAGGAGGAGAGAGGGAACGGUUGGGUAAAGCCUGGGAAAGGUAGCGAAACUGUAGUGUAA